AUGAUGGAAAGAAAUAUUGAAGAGGAAAAUGAAGUUAAAUGGGAUAUUCCUAUUUGGUAUAGUAUUAAUGGAACAGAACAACCAAUGCUUUGGUUAAAAGACUCAACGGAAACGAGUGAUGGGGAUUUAAUCGUUUUAAAUUUUCGUUCUGAAGGAUUUUAUAGAGUACAAUAUGCCCCUGAUGAAAUGCAACAAAUUCGACAACAAUUAUUUGAUAACCAUACGAAAAUUUCAAUGAAUAGCAGAGUGCGUAUAAUUAAUGAUGCAUUUACAUUAGCAGAGGGUGGUUAUUUGCCUUAUGAAGUGAAGAUUUUUUUAAACCUAACAAAUUAUGUUUUAAAGGAUACUUUAAAUUUAACCAAAUAUUUGGUAAAAGAAGAGGAAUACCCACCUUGGGAAAUGGCUUUGACUGGCUUUAAUGUAAUACAAAAUUAUUUUGAUGAUGAACCUGAAAAUGAGGAUCUGGGGGCUUAUAUUAAAUUAUUAAUUGGUGACAUUUUUGAUCGUGAAUUGGAUAAAAUUGGAGAAUGGAAAUCCGAAGACAAAGAAAAAGAUUUCUUUAAUGAUUUGCUUCAUCAACGAAUAGUUCAAACAAUGUGUACAUUAAGAGAUUCACGUUGCAUAAACGCUAUUCUUGACAUUUAUCGGCGUCAAUUUGUGAAUUUCUGUACAAACUUAAUUACAAGAGAGAAUAAUAUUAACAAUUCAGUAUUACCUUCUUUACCCCAUAUACAAGAAAGAAAAAUGGCUAGUCAAUGUUCCAAAAUACCUGCAACUUUUCGAACUCUAGCUUAUUGUGAAGGUGUUCAUUAUGGAACGGAACAAGAUUGGAAUUUAGUUUUGGAAUUAUUUAGAAAUGAAAUUGUUCAAGUAGAGAAGGAACGUUUACUUAUAGCGUUGGCGUGUUCUAGAGAUACACUUACAUUAAAAAUGCUUCUUACAAUGGCCAUUGAUCUUAACAAUACAAUUAUCCGUUUACAAGACAGUCCUUCGGUUUUCAAGUAUGUUGGAAGUAGAAUUAUUGGAAAGAAAAUAAUUUUGGAUUUUUUUAUUGAUAAAUGGCCAAUAAUUUAUCAAAAACCAACAACGUAUGUUACGUUCAAUUAUUUCUUCAUCAAUUAUUGGCAAAUCUCAAAGGGUUAUGGACCAAGUAGAGAACUUUCUUAG